AUGUUUUCUAGGGUUUUUUGGCCAAGAAUUUCCAAUUCUCUUUGGAAUUCUUCGAAGAAGGAAUUACCAAAACUUUUCAAAGCCCCUCAUGCCAAAAGGAAUGGAAAAUUUAGAAAACCGGUUUUCGUAGGGGCAGGGAUCACAUUGAUGGCCUCCGUGUCCCUGGUGGAUUUUGAUCCAAUAAAGAAUGCAAGUGUCUCUUCAAAGAGAGCCUACAAAGUUGUUUUAGCGGGCUUCCUUUGCUUCUCUGAUUACAAAAGGAUUCUUUCAGGUUCAUACGCAACUGAAGAAGAACGGCAAACGGCCCUCAGCGAAUGCCAUCUACGAUGCGCUGAAAGAUCUUUGAAAGUAUUUGAAGAGAAUGGCGGAAUCUUCAUAAAAAUUGGACAACACUUGUCUGCGAUGAACUACAUUAUUCCGAAGGAAUGGACUAGUACGAUGGUCAAGCUUCAAGAUCAAUGUCCUUCAACAUCCAUUGAAGAUGUUGACCGCCUGUUCAAGGAAGAUACUGGAAGUAGUCUAGAUGAGCUCUUUGAUGAGUUUAUUUCGGAACCACUAGGUGUGGCUAGUUUGGCUCAGGUUCAUAAAGGAAAACUUCGUAACUCAGAUACCUGGGUUGCAGUUAAAAUUCAGCAUCCCUCAGUAACUCAAAAUUCACCAGUUGAUUUAGUAAUGACUCGUUGGGUAUUUAAGGCAAUUAAGACUUUCUUUCCGGACUUUAAAUUGAUGUGGCUUGCAGAUGAAAUGGAAGUUUCGCUUCCUCAAGAGCUUGAUUUUACCAGGGAAGCCACAAAUGCAAUUGAAACGAAAGAACAUUUUAACCAAAUUUCUACUUCUCUUUACGUUCCCGAAAUCAUUUGGUCAAAGCCUAGAAUUUUGGUGAUGGAAUAUGUUUCGGGAGCCCGCAUAGAUAAUACCAAAUAUUUUGAACAAAAUCAUAUUUCGAAUGACCUUGUUUCUACUGAUUUAUGCCACAUUUUCAAUGAAAUGAUAUUUGGAAAAGGUGGCCAUUUACAUUGUGAUCCUCAUGGUGGAAACGUAUUUAUUCGAAGUAAGCCCAAGGGAUCAAAAUCACCGAGAAACUUUGAAAUUGUAUUGCUUGAUCAUGGACUAUAUCGAGAUAUUCCAAACGAGGUACAAGUGGACUACGCUAAUCUUUGGUUAAACAUCAUUGACUUUAAUGAAGAAAAGCUCAAAAUUUACGCCCAAAAAAUCGCAAACGUUUCUGAAAAAAGCUUUCCUUUAUUUGCAGCGGCGAUUACAGGACGUCCUUAUAAAAGUUUGAAAAGUCUACCCAUGAGCGGGAGAGACAGAGAGGAGGAACAAAAAAGGUUUAGGAAAGCCGUCCAGAAAGGAGAUAUGCUUCAGAGCGUUAUAAGUCUAUUAAGCAAUAUGCCUCGAUUAACCCUUCUGUUAAUGAAAACAAAUGAUUUGGUUCGCGCCUUAGAUGAAAGUCUUCAUACUCACACUGGCUCCGAAAAAAUUUACUUAAUCAUGGCUAGAUACUGUUUAAGCGCAAUCCAUAGGAAUCACAUGGAAUCAUUAUGGAACUCGCAAUCCUUUUGGUUUACUAAAUUAUUCAAAAGUUCGCUUUACAAAAUUAAAUAUUCUUGGGGUAUGCUACGGUUUUACCUAGCUGAAGAUUAUUUUUAUUACAAGCAUAAAUACUUUUGUUAA